AUGGCGGCGGGGCGCGCGGAGCCCGAGCGCGCAGAGGCGGCGGCGGCGGCGGCGGCGGGCGCCGAGGGGCGCGCGGUGCAGGCCAUGGAGCCGGCCGCGGCCGAGCUCUACGACGAGGACAAGGACCUGGACUUCUACGACUUCGAGCCGCUGCCCACUCUGCCGGAGGACGAGGAGAACGUGUCCCUGGCCGACAUCCUCUCUCUGCGGGACAGCGGCCUCAGCGAGCAGGAGGCUUGGGCGGUCUGCUUGGAGUGCUGCCUGUCCUUGCGGAGUGUUGCGCAUGCAGCCAUCUUCCAGACACUGUGCAUCACGCCCGACACCCUGGCCUUUAACAACAGCGGCAACGUGUGCUUCAUGGAGCAGCUCAGUGAUGACCCUGAGGGUGCCUUCGUCCCCCCGGAGUUCGACGUGACAGGGAACACCUUUGAGGCUCACAUCUACUCCCUGGGGGCCACCCUGAAGGCUGCCCUGGAGUACGUGGUGGAGCCGGAGCUGGAGCCCAGGCUGAGCCAGGACCUGGAGGUGCUGCUGGGCCAGAUGCAGGCGGAGGACCCCCAGGACCGGCCUGACCUUGAGAGCAUCAUGGCGCUGUGUGAAGAGAAGAUGCAGCUCACGUCCUCCUGCCGCCUGUGCCGGAGUCUCUCGGCCGUGGGGAGGCGGGUGCUCUCCAUCGAGUCCUUUGGAGCAUUUCAGGAUGUCAGUGAGACCACCUGGAGGGGGAGACCUGUCCCCAGAAGCACAGGGCCCAGGAAGCUGCCUGGGGACCUUGGGGCUGACCCAGGGGCCCUGCCUGCCCCAGAGCACCUGCCCCUGAUCUCUGCCCCCAAAGGCCCAGAGCGGGAGACCGGCCAGAGCCCCAGACCCCCGCCUCCCAAGCCUCUGCUAUCGGCCCCUGUGAAAAACGGUGAAAGCCACGGCCAGGAGGGGCUGGCUAGCCUCAUCCUGGACACCAGAUGCCCCCUGGGUGAGCUGGACAGAGGCUUCCUCAAGAGGAGCCGUCUGAGGAAGGUACAGUCCUUCCCCAGACUGCCACCCACUGGCCCCGAGGCCAGCGCCUUCUGCCUGCAGCUGACCUCCAUAAGCCAGCUGCCUAUACCCGAAUUCUCCCCUCCAGACCCCAGGAAGGUCUUUCUGGAGGGGAAAAAUGGCCUUUCUAGCUUCCAGCCACAACCCAAGUGCAGACCGUGGCCCGAGCAGGAGCCCGCAAUCCAGCUGGGGGGCGCUCCAGGCUCAGGCCACAGUGGGGACAGGCAGCCUGGGGUCUCAGGACAGCCCGAGACUUCAGUCCCCGGCCAAGGACCUGCAGAGGAAAGACCCCUGUCCCAUCCCGUGGACCCUCAAGAUGCAGACCAUGAGGCCCACACUGCCGGGCACGAGGAGAUUGUGGAAGGAGCUGGGGAGCCUGGAAGUGUAGCCUCCGAGCAGUGGGUGUCCCUGCAGGACCUCUUGUCCCAGCUGGGCCGGCCCUUCAGGGAGUACGAGCUGUGGGCCCUGUGCCUCGCCUGCCUGCGUGCCCUGCAGACGCACACCGCACACCCAGCCUGCCUGUGCCUGGACUCUGUGCUGGUGGCUGAGGACGGGGCUGUGCUCUUUGGGCCACCCCCUGCCAACGGCUCUUACGACUCGUUCUUCCUGGCUCCCGAAGUGGCAGAGGAAAAGCUGGGGACUGAAAAGGCCUCCGUGUACUGUGUGGCCGCCAUCCUGUGGACCACAGCCAAGUUCAGCGUCCCCCACAACCACAAGCUGGCUCUGCCACGCAGGCUCAAGACCCUCCUCCUGGACAUGGCCAGACGCAGUGCCCUGGAGCGGCCAUCUGCAGCUGAGGCCAUCAAGGUGUGCGGUGGUUACCUCCUUCAGCGAGGCAUGGACAGCGGGAAGAUCUUAGCCCACCUGAGGGCAUCCACUUGUAAGGUCUACCAGGAGGAAGAGACCAUCAGUCUCCAAAAUGCUUUCUCGGUGGUUGAACUAAAACCCAGCACAGCGCCCGCUCCUGAACCCAGCCCAGGCUUCCUGCCAGUCAGCGGUGACACCAGGCUGGUCGCCGUGCCAGGACCCCUGCCUGGCCAUCCCUCCUGCUGGGAAGGGGCCCCCGGGCUGCCAGCGGCCUUCACCUCCAAGGCCACUCACUUCAAGCCCAUCGUCGUCCCCCAGGACGCAGGUGGAGCCAGGGACCAGCUGGCCUUGUCCACAGGGCCAGCUGAGAGGCCCACAGAAAGGAGCCGCCCACCAGACAGGGGGGACACAAAGGAGCAUGGGCCUGAGUCCCCCGCUGGGGCCACCAGCCCAACGACACCUGACCAGCCGGUGCCAACUCCAGGGCCACAGGGAGGAGCCCCAGAACCUUUCAGGGAGUCGGACCCACACGGCACAGCCCGGGGGGACUCCUGCACUCCAUCCCCCACCCCUGCAAUCCGGCCAGAGGGGGCCUCAUCAGCAAGUACUGGCUCUCCUGUCCCCGCCCUGAAGGCUUCAGCGCUGCCCCCAGAGCAAGGGCUGGAUGGACAGGUCCCACCUGAAUCCCCUUCUGGGAGCCUCAGGCACUGCCCCCCAGGGCCCACCUCAGCCGACCACAGCUCACGUCACCCAUCCAAGCCACCCAGGAGCAAGGCCACUGAGCACCCAGGCCAGGAGCCACAGGGCACCCAGUCGGCCGCACGGGGCCCCUCCCUGGCCGCAGUGAGUCCAGACAACCCCAAGGGCAGCUCUGUUGGGGAGCAUAGUGGCCGGACCCCAGACAGCCCCCCUGAGAGGCCCCGGGCUGCAGACCGCAAGCUCUGCCCACCCAGUGUGGACACCUCAUGCCUCCCGAGGAGGACGGCCUGCCCGUCACUGCAGGAGGCCACGCGCCUCAUCCGGGAGGAGUUCGCCUUUGACGGCUACCUGGACAACGGGCUGGAGGCUCUGAUCAUGGGGGAGUACAUUUUUGCCUUGAAAGACCUCACUUUCGCCACCUUCUGUGGUGCCAUCUCGGAGAAGUUCUGUGACCUCUACUGGAAUGAGAAGUUGCUGCAGAAUCUCUUCAAAGUGGUGAACGAGCCGACGUCACCCUCCAAGAGUGCUCCCGAGGAGGCAGGGCCCCAACCCGAGACCACACUGGGGGGCUGCUCGCCAUCCAGCAAAAGGCCCUCGCUGCAUGGACUGGGGAGAGAGAAGCCAGCCGCGGCCCGGGGCAGCAGAGCACCCUGCUCGCCUCCGUCACUGACAGACAUAGACUCAGACGAGCUCUCACGGGGAAACUUUGAGGUGGGAUUUCGGCCUCAAAAGUCUAUCAAAGCUGCCACAGAGCAGCCGCCCCAGGCUGGAGGGGCCGGGCAGCAGGGUGGGGGUCCCGAGCCGGCCAGCAGGGCCUCAGACACGGAGGCGGUGGCCCAUCUGGCCAGGCCCGAGAAGUGCAUCCCGGCCGUAGCCCCCAGCCCAGCGGAGUUCCAGAGCUGCAGCCCCGGCUGGUGCAGCGCCUUCUACGAGGCCGACUGCUUCGGGGCAGACGUCUACAGCUACGCGAAGGACCUGGGGAGGCAGAAGGCCGGCGGGUCCCCAGAGCUCGAGGCCCAGAGCCCGGAGCUGGAGCAGCAGCUCAUGAUGGAGAAGAGAAACUACCGGAAGACUCUCAAGUUCUACCAGAAGCUCUUGCAGAAGGAAAAGCGGAAUAAAGGCUCCGAGGUGAAGACCAUGCUGUCCAAACUGAGAGGGCAGCUGGAGGAGAUGAAGUCCAAGGUGCGGUUCCUCGGCCUGGUCAAGAAGUAUCUGCAGGUCAUGUAUGCGGAGCGCUGGGGUCUGGAGCCCUGCGCCCUGCCGGUGAUCGUGAACAUCACGGCAGCCCACUGCGACACGCUGGACUUCAGCCCCCUGGACGAGUCCUCCUCCCUGAUAUUCUACAACGUCAACAAGCACCCGUGCAGCAGCCGGCAGAAGAAGGCCCGUAUCCUGCAGGCCGGCACGCCGCUGGGGCUCAUGGCCUACCUGUAUUCCAGCGAUGCCUUCCUGGAGGGCUACGUGCAGCAGUUCCUGUACACCUUCCGCUACUUCUGCACCCCGCACGACUUCCUGCGCUUCCUGCUUGACCGCAUCCGUGGUGCCCUGGCCAGGGCCCACCAGGACCCCACGUCAACCUUCACCAAGAUCUACAAGAGGAGCCUCUGCAUCCUGCAGGCCUGGGUGGAAGACUGCUACACCGUUGACUUCACGAGGAACACGGGGCUGCUGGGGCAGCUCGAGGAUUUCAUCUCCUCCAAGAUCCUGCCCCUGGACGGCUCUGCCGAGCACCUGCUGGGUCUCCUGGAGGUGGGCAUGGCCCGGCGGGCCGAGGGCACCCCUAGAGGUGCAGACCUGGAGGACAUGAAAGAGGCCGAGGAGGACACCAGGCCCUUCAACACCCUCUGUAAAAGGUUCUCAGAGGAUGGCAUCUCCCGGAAGAGCUUCCCAUGGAGGCUGCCCCGGGGAAACGGGCUGGUGCUGCCACACCACAAGGAGCGCCAGUACACCAUCGCGUCUGCCCUGCCCAAGCCCUGCUUCUUUGAGGACUUCUAUGGCCCCUAUGCCAAGGCCAGUGAGAAGGGGCCCUACUUCCUGACCGAGUACAGCACCCACCAGCUCUUCAGCCAGCUGACACUGUUGCAGCAGGAGCUGUUUCAGAAGUGCCACCCCGUCCACUUCCUGAACUCACGGGCCCUGGGCGUGGUGGACAAAAGCACCGCCAUCCCCAAAGCCAGCUCUGCCGAGUCUCUGUCAGCCAAAACCUGCAGCUUAUUUCUGCCCAAUUACAUCCAAGAUAAGUACCUGUUACAGCUUCUAAGAAAUGCAGAUGACGUCAGCACCUGGGUAGCUGCCGAAAUUGUCACCAGCCACACCUCCAAGUUGCAGGUGAACUUGCUGUCCAAAUUUCUGCUGAUUGCGAAGUCUUGCUAUGAGCAGAGGAACUUUGCGACGGCCAUGCAGAUCCUGAGCGGGCUGGAGCACCUAGCCGUGCGGCAGUCCCCGGCCUGGAGAAUUCUACCUGCAAAGAUAGCAGAGGUCAUGGAGGAACUGAAGGCCGUGGAGGUCUUCCUGAAGAGUGACAGCCUGUGUCUGAUGGAAGGACGCCGCUUCCGAGCCCAACCCACCCUGCCCUCAGCCCGGCUCCUGGCCAUGCACAUCCAACAGCUGGAGACGGGGGGCUUCACCAUGACCAACGGGGCCCACAGGUGGAGCAAGCUCAGGAACAUCGCCAAGGUGGUGAGCCAGGUGCACGCCUUCCAGGAGAAUCCCUACACGCUCAGCCCCGACCUCAAGCUCCAGUCGUACCUCAAGCAGAGGAUCGCUCGGUUCAGCGGGGCCGACAUUUCCAUCCUAGCGGCCGACAACAGGGCCAACUUCCACCACAUCUCCAGCGAGAAGCAUUCCCGGAAGAUCCAGGACAAAUUACGGAGAAUGAAAGCCACGUUCCAGUAA